AUGGGCAACCAAUCCUCCCGGCCGACCUCGCCGGCCCCUGAUCUCAAAACACAAAUAAAAACAAAAACCAUAACCCUCCUCCCAACACCAACUCACACCUCAUACACCUCAACACCCUACAACCCAUACACACCCCCACCAUCCACCCACCCAACAAAACACUCCUCUCCCGCUCCCGCACCUUACUCCCGCCUUCCUUCAUUGUCACACUCGCACUCACAAUCACACUCACCCUCCCCAUCAUCCUCUCCUGAACCCGAACUAGUCUUUUCCCAAGACCUUCUCCUUACGCCCGCAUCUAUCCCCCCGCCUGCGCCCACACCUCCACCGCGAUCACCUUCUCUAUCGGAAUCACCGUCCCGUUUCGACACACCCGACUCGUCCUUCUCGCACGGCCAGUCCUAUCCUGAUGCGGACUAUCCCGUUGCGGAUGCGGACGUUGGCGCCAACACUGAGGCUGGCGCUACCACGAUAUGUGCGCACUGCUACCGGGCCAUCUCGCCAGAUGCGAGGAGCUCACGACCUCAACCACGACCACGGACAUCACACGGUUCUCCUCAACGAACCGCAGCAGCAACAGGGAAGCUACUACCCUGCAAACACCUCCUCUGCGCCCGCUGUAUCCGCAGCGCAUUACUCUCCGCCCUAAACAGUGAUCCAUUCCUACCCGGGGGCUGUCCAGUCAGGGGGUGCGGGAAAUUCACUUCUCAGUCAACCACCGUCAUCGCCGAGCCAGAGCCAUGCCCAGGCUCGGAUCGGGACAUCGUCAUGGAGACAACAGAACUUCAGCCACAACGCGACACAGACAUCAUCAUGACCACCACAGAACACGACCCAGAACCAGAACACGACAGAAACAUGGCCUCAGAAACAAAGACCGAUAUCCCCCUCGCAACCCUCGGCCUGCUCGCAACACCCGCUGAGUUCCUCGCCUACCGCGCCAAGCUACGCGAGCGUCGCACGCCUGUGGGACAGAGAGCAAACCGUUAA